AUGGCGACGACUGCGACCUUGCCUCCUGGCACUGCGCCAAUCAAACCAGAAUUCCUUCUUUCCUUCCAGGCCCUCGAUGUCCCAGACGACGAUGCCGCGGAGGGGAGCAGCAGCCACGUUAACGGCAGGCCCGAAGCCCUCUCCGCUACGGGCGCAGAGGAACCCAGCAAGAGAUUGUCGGGCGCCCAGCGCAAACAGCUCGCUAAGGAGGAGCGCAAGCAGAAACGCGGCGCGAACAAGGGCAGACGCUUUCAGAAGGUCCGCGACGAGGUCGAGCUGUGCUUCAGGGUCGCAAGCGGGAAGCAGUGCGAUUUCGGUGCAGAGUGCAAGUUUACGCAUGACGUCUCCGCCUACCUCACUGCCAAGCCAAGAGAUACAUACUUUCCCUCCACGGAAGAUAUCCUGAAUGAACCCCCAUUCGUGCGGUUACCGGACGUGGAGAUGGAGGAAGGGCAGGCGCCGAGGACCUCCCUGGACCCAAACACUACCUGCCCAGUAUUCCAGAGAACGGGCGAGUGCAAGCAGGGCCUCAAGUGUCGCUUCCUUGGAAACCAUGCACGCACACGCGAGGUCGGGGAGUUGGAGCUAGUCGUGGAUGAGGAGAAGAAGGCCCACGUAGCUGCUUCGGAGACGGAGGUCAAUUUUAUUGACGGAGAUACAUUGCGCAAGAUCCGGACUAAGAAGUAUCCUCACCCGAUUGCCGAUGCAUACUUGCAAGAACUCAAGGACGCAGCGAUUGAGGGAGACAAGGCGAAUAGCGAUAAAACUGAAGACGAGAAAGGGGACAAUGUACCAGAGCCUACAACAGAACCCCAGGCAACGCCCGCUACUGGUCCGGAGAGUACCACGAAUGGCUCGUCGUAUCUCGUUCCUCCUGCUGCCACCGCCACAAUCGACAAGUUGCAGGACGACACACCCGACGUGCCAAUACGCGCUGUCGAGAAGAAGCGACUGCACUGGAAGGGAAAGACUUACCUUGCACCAUUGACGACAGUUGGCAAUCUACCCUUCCGCCGCCUAUGCGUGGACUACGGCGCGGACAUCACCUGCGGCGAAAUGGGCCUUGCAAUGUCCUUUCUCCAAGGGUCCAAAGAGGAAUGGUCACUCGUCCGGCGGCACCCUUCCGAGGGCAUCUUCGGCAUGCAAAUCGCGGGUAGCAAGCCGCAGCUGCUCGUUCCCGCAGCGGAGAUCAUUGGACGCGAGUGCGCGGGCAACCUCGACUUCGUCGAUGUCAAUUGCGGGUGCCCAAUCGACCUUGUGUACAAGACCGGCAGCGGCUCUGCGUUGCUCGAUGCCGCCGGGCGGUUGGGCAAAAUUGUGGUGGGGAUGAGCAAGGCGCUAGGCGAUAUCCCUGUCACUGUAAAGCUCCGGACGGGAGUCAAGGACGGCCGCAAUACGGCGCACAAGCUCAUGCCCCGCCUUGGGCCGGAGUGGGACGUCUCUGCGAUCACUCUGCAUGGUCGCACGCGGCAACAAAGGUACACGAAGUUAGCAGACUGGGACUACAUCAAGCAGUGCGUGCAGGCAGUUCGCGCGCGUGAGGAGGAGGAAGACCUGGCUCCUGUGCCUAUAUUCGGCGGGGGCGACUGCUUCUCGUCCGAGGAUUACUGGUACAAGAUGGAGAACUAUGACGUCGACGGGAUCAUGAUCGGCCGCGGCGCGCUCAUCAAACCCUGGAUAUUCACCGAGAUAAAGGAGCGUAGGGAGUGGGAUAUCUCUGCCCGGGAGAGGCUUGAGCUCAUCCGCAAGUAUGCAGACUACGGUUUGAAUCAUUUUGGCUCAGACACCGCAGGCGUGAACACGACCCGCCGGUACCUAUGCGAAGCGCUCUCCUUCCAGUACCGCUACAUUCCCAUCGGCCUCCUCGAACGCAUCCCGGCCAAGAUCAACGAGCGCGCGCCAGCAUAUCGCGGUCGCGACGACCUCGAGACGUUGCUGGCGAGCGCCGACAGCCGUGACUGGGUCAAGAUCUCGGAGAUGUUCCUUGGGCCUGCACCAGAAUCGUGGACGUUUACCCCGAAACACAAGAGCAACGCGUAUGGCACAGAGGAGAGCCAAGGAUGAUUUAGCCGGCUGUGCUGAGAGGGAUUGAAAUUGCCCACUUAGAUUGUGAGUGAAGCGGCAAGAAUAUGUUGAAAUGAUGGACCUUGGGACAGAGAGACACGGACAUCGUCUAAGCGAGCGAGAAUAACCUGCCGUAUUGUUACAUUAGUUGUGCUAUAGCUACACCGAGCGCGGAUACGCGUCUACCAUCCAAUCAGUACCCAAGCAGCUUCAAUCCUUUGGGGUACCCAAAGUCAAUCCGUGGUGUCCAUGAGCUCGCCCCUUGACUCGGGCGGCUCCACAAUGUCCGACUCAAUGGUGAGCUCCGACGGCGUGAGCAGGUUAUAUGGCGGAGACGUCGGCGGCGAGUUCGGGUCAACGAUGAGCGCCGCGACGUCCUCCGGGAUCUCGGCCAGGAAGAGGCGGUUGUUGUGCUUGACAGAGUUCUUGAGGUUCUCAGGCCACUCGGUGCGCGCGUUCUCUUCUUCCUCGGACACGGCUCGACUGUAGACGAGGAAAUAUGGCCCCGCGGCGAGGUGCAGACCGGCAGGGUCCGUGAGGGCGGUCUCCUCAGACACUUUGGUAACAUGGUAGUCGAGGGUCUUCCACCAUUGGCCCUUGUGCUUGACGUACGAAUACAAGUGGCUGCGUCCGUAUAAGCCGUCAUGGACGAGGACGGCACGGAGGUCGUAGCGAUAUUUUUGGAGCUCAGGGCAGUCCAGCUUGCUUUGCGCCUCUGUCCUCUUGCUUUCUAUCGUCGCAUCGAUAGCCUUAGCCUCCUCCUGUAUCUUCUCGAUUAUAUUCGCAAGUUUCUUCUUGUUGGCCUGGAUGUCUUGAUCGCGCUUCGCGUCCCCGUUGCUCUCUGCGAUAUUCUCGUAAUAGUACAGACACGACUGCAGAUCCGCAAGCACGUCCUUGUCGUUAUACCGCAGCAGGUUCCUCUUCCUCUCCUCUAGCUCCCUCACCUCCUCCAACAGCCCUCUCUGCUCCGCCCUCUUCGCACUCGCAAGCUCAUAACUCUCGCGCAUGAACUGGUCCAGAUAGAUGCUACUCGAGUACUUGAACGUCGCCCUCUCCGUCCUCCUCCCGAGCGCGGCGUCGUACGUAGGAGGCGCGCUGUCGCGCACGAGCUGGAACGCGACGAUGUCCGACGGCUCGAAGAUGACGUGCCGCUUCGCGACGCCUUUCAGCUUGCCCGUCACGGGGGGCGCGAACUCGGCCGCGAGCGCAGACACGAGGUCGUUGAGCUCGGGCCCUGGGCCGACGGCGAUUUUGACGAAGCAGAGGUUGUCGGUGUUUGGGUCGUCCGCGGGGGCGUCGUGGUAGCCGUGGGACAGCAUCAUCAGCCUUCUCGGCUGCCGCUCCGGGUUGUAUACGUUGUUGUACUGCAAUACGUUUUGGAUCGCGUAGACGAUCUUCUCGUAGAAUCGGGAUGUCACGUCGCCCAACCGCUCAGCAGGGCUAUUCCAGGGCUCAGCUGCGAGGUCGCGCAGACCGUCGUCCGCGUUCAGCUCUCCCAGCAGCGCCAGGUCCAUGUUGACCAUCAACUCGAGCAGCGUCCACGCCUGGCGCCCAGGUCCACUGUCAGGAGGCCAGAUCUCCGUAGUCCCCUCCGCAGGCAGCGGCGCCCACUCCGCCAACGUUCUCCGGAAUUGAGGGACGAAUCCUAAGGCAUGGAUGAGGAGAGCGGCGUAGACCAAGCCGGAGGCGGUGGGACGAAGCGCGACAGGGGUAUCGCCCUUCCGCACCUUGUCCUCGAGCGAGAGCUCCUCGAACGUGUCCUCGGUGACGUUGUACGACAGGCUCGCCUCGAUCGCGCGGCUCAUCGCCUGGUCGUCCUGCGACAUCCCGCUCGGCACAUUCGCCUCUACAUUCGAGGAGACCAUAGCCCAGUUCGGGUCCGGGGCCCUAUUGCUCGGCCCAAACGCCGUGCUCCCCUGGUCCUCCAACGACGCCUGCAGCGCGCGCGCGAGCUCCUUGUCGUCGUCGUCCUUCGUCAAGUCGAUCACCGCCUUCUCCGGCCUAGACGGCGGUGGGGUGCGCGGCCCCUGCAUGGGCGCGUCCAGCGGCUCGAGGUUGGGCAGGUCCGCGUAGAUGCUGGGGUCGACAGUGUCGCCGGUGUCGCCCUCGAGGAGUGCGGACGCGGUCUUGUCCAUGUUGCCGUCGUUGCGCCGGAGGAGGCUGAGCGCGACGUCCGCGUUCAUCUCGUCGCCCAUGAUGCCGCGUAGGAUCUCGAGGGACUCGAGCUCCUUGGCGGUCGGAGGCAUCUGUCUGCUCUCGAUCAUGGUCUGUGUAUAUAUGUUGCACGGAACAAACACUUGUGCGAGACUUUAUGAGGGCUCUGUCUCCGGACAAGGCGUAAUCAAACGUAAUGUGUGAUUCACGACGUCUUGAGGACGACUUUGAGUUAGCAGGCACAAAACCCGAGGAAAGGGUGAUGUCGGUAUACAAGUGUGGAGGCCACACAAGUAUGUAGUUGCUCUGAUCAGUUCUGCAAUUGUCCGACUAGGUUCAGAGGCUUGGCCUCAAAUAAGACGGUGAAGCGAGUCUAUCGGGUAGAUAUAGC